AUGCCUGUAGGUGUGCACUUCGACUUUGUACCGAAUCCCGUGGUCUUCCGCGAUGGCGAAGUGGGCCCCAAGGGAGCGGCGAUUUUUGUCUACGACAAUGAUGUGUGGGAGCCAACGAAGGUGGUGAGAUUUGGUAUCAUCACUGAUCCUCCAGAGGCGGCUGAAGCAAAUGCGUCACUGCUUCUGGAGAUUCAAGAUGACUACGAUGGCGGAACAAUCGUCCUAGAUCCUGCCAGAGCAUAUAUUCCCGAAGCCCUGCCACCCGAGAACGUUUCGAGUUGCGCAAUCUUUGCGGAGCGUCAAGGUGCUGCCAGCGGUGUAACCCAUCUUUGGGCCGCUUGGACACUUUGCAAUGAACAAGACUGGCCAGAAGUGAAAUAUAAUGCUCUAGAUUUUUACGACCACGGCACGCUUGGCAUGGGAUCUCCAGUUCAGUGGGCGGAUGGCGAGACGGGGCGCAAAUGUUUGGUUGAUGCUCUCAGCAUGCCAGACAUCACAGCUCUUCAAGCCGGCACACCCCCCAGAGACGAUAGGCUUUGGGUUUGGAUCAACUCUGAAGGGAAGAUCGAGCCGGAUGAAGGACUAUGCCUACGAACUGCGCUGGCUGCGGGCAGCACUGCACAUUUGCAGUCAGACAAGGCUUCAUUAACUCUGAAAGACACUGGUCACAACGGGGGUGGCAAACUGCUGUGCACCCGAGGCUUUCCUUGCAAACUGGACCUCUCACUCUCCAACGCAGUGCCUGGCAAACAGGCCUUCAUCCAGCUGUUGGAGCAGCACGGUGACCAGUGCUUAUCUUGCCGGCAUGCUUAUGCAUACAAUGAGUCCAACCUGUUGACCUUUCAGGUGACACACGUGAACGACACCACCAUGGCCGAUUUGGGCUAUGGCCUGCUCUUCGUUGAGCCCGGGAUCUAUUCGCUCUGCACAUGUUGGGAGGACCCGUUUUCAAACGGUCAGAAUGCCACACGGCAGGAAGCGUCUUUGACGGUGUCAGGGCCAUACUCCAUGAACACGGCCUAUUGUUUCAGAAGCGACAGCGGGUGUACUAUACCCUGGGUGGAUGCUGUCCAGCCUCAGAUCGGCAAAGACCAUGUGCGGGUCAUGCUGUCAUGCUUCGAGCCUGCACGCACACCGGAAGGCUUUCAGCUUGGGGGAGAUGGGAUUCUCUCUUCAGAUGGCUAUUCCUACCAUCUGAACGCCAGCCUCAUGAGGGUGGAGGAGCCUGGGGUCUAUCAGAUGUGCUGGUGCAGAGAGACGCCCUUGCAGCACUGUGAUCAACUGGAGCAGUUUCACGUUCCUGCUGGGGUGUUCACGUAUCUCGGCUGCUCUUGA